CGGGGGGAGGAGAGGUGGCACCGGGGGCCGAGCGCCGUGCAAACCGCUCGCCCCUCCCGAAGAUCUCGCAGAGCAGCCGGGAGAGGAGAAGGGCAGGCACCCUGCGGGGGAGCCGCGGGGAAUCCCGGGCUCUUCGGGGAGCGGAGAAACUUCCCGCCUCGCCUGUCCUCUUGUAGCAGGGAGCUGACAGAUGAGUCCCGGCAGCCAGAGCAGCUGAGGCGCCCCCGGGCCCCGCCGGCUCGCGCUGCGGUCCAAGAGCCCGGGGCCAUGGCGUCUCCCCGGUGCCCAGGGAUGAGCAGGGGGCAGCAACCUCUGGCUGGCCGUGCAGCUGCCCAGGUGCCCGCGCCAGCAGCUCCCGGACGGCGAGCCGCCUCCCUGGGCCAGGAAUAAGUGUCCUGCCGCUGCCCCCCGCUUCUCUCCCUCUCGCGCCCCCCAGCAGGGCUCUCUCGGCCCGAGGCGCGCUCAGGAUGGUGCUGGGAAAGGGCCAGGCAAUCGGCUGCCCAGCCACCCGCUGAAUCGCUCCCGUCUCUCUGAAGAGGGCCUCUGCCCCCCCGUCGGCGCCGAGCAGCUCCGGAGUUCUCCGCUUGAGCGGCUGAGACUUUGCACAGUCACUGCAGCCAGGUUUUGAUCUCCUGCCAAUCUAAGUCCGUAGUGAUUACAUUGAUUUCUGUGCAGUUACUCCAGAUUUACAUGGAGGGCAGAAUAUAGAACUAUGAUAGCAACUGGUGGAGUAAUAACAGGGCUGGCAGCCUUAAAGAGGCAAGACUCUGCCAGAUCUCAGCAUCAACUAAAUCUUGCCACAUCACCAACUUCUGAAGAGAAAAAGCCAGUCAGACGCCGGCCCAGGGCUGAUGUAGUAAUUGUCAGGGGCAAAAUCCGACUUUACUCCCCGUCAGGAUUCUUUCUUGUUUUGGGAGUGCUCAUCUCAUUCAUGGGAAUUGCAAUGGCUAUCCUUGGAUACUGGCCACAAAAGGAGCAGUUUUUAAGUCCUGAAACUAGUCUAGCCUUAAAUGAAACCCAGGUCAUAACAAACCAAGGUGGAGUUAUAUUUCGUUUCUUUGAACAACAUUUACACUCAGAUAAGAUGAAAAUGUUGGGCCCCUUUACUAUGGGCAUUGGAAUCUUUAUAUUUAUUUGUGCAAAUGCCAUCCUACAUGAAAAUCGUGACAAGGAAACAAAAAUCAUACAUAUGAGAGACAUAUAUUCCACUGUAAUAGACAUGCACAGUCUGAGAAUCAAGGAACAAAAGCAGUUGAAUGGCACUUACACUGGUUUAUUGGGGGAAAGUGAAUUCAAGCACAGUGGGAACUCAUAUGCGUCGCGAUUGGCUGCAAACACAAUUGCACCUUUCUCUGGCUUCAGGAGUAACUUUCGAAUGGAUAGUUCGGCUGAAGAAGAUGAAGUUGCCAUAAAUGAAGACAAGAACACUUCUAACCUUCUACCACCUUUGCUGACUGAGCAUUCUGGCUCUGUCUUUGGACUCUACCCUCACAGUAGCAAAGCAAUGGAUGACAAAAAUAGUAGCUCUAUAAAGUGUGAAACAAAGUCAAUUGUAUCAUCCUCCAUUAGCGCUUUCACACUGCCUGUAAUUAAACUAAAUAACUGUGUUAUUGAUGAACCUAGUAUAGACAAUAUCACUGAGGAUUCUGAGAUCACUAGAAGCCAGUCUAGAAAUUUGUCAAUGGACUCUCUAGCCAUUCCAUUAACUGAUACCAAUGAAUCCUACAAACCUGCCAGUGCAAUGCUACCCCGAAAUAAUUCAUUUGUAGAAUCUCCAUCCAGUCAGUUCAAAUCUUCUAUGACUCUUGGACCAAGCACUGGAAAACUUUUAUCACCUGGUGCUGCCAGAAAACAAUUUGGGUCCAACACAUCUUUGCAUUUUCUGUCUGCACAUUCAAAAUCCUUGGAUUUAGAGAGGGGUCCGUCUACACUCACUGUCCAAGCUGAACAAAGAAAACACCCCAGCUGGCCCAGAUUGGAUCGAAGCAACAGUAAAGGAUACAUGAAACUAGAAAACAAAGAGGACCCAAUGGAUAGGUUACUUGUACCACAAGCCACAGUUAAAAAGGACUUUACUAAUAAGGAAAAGCUUCUUAUGAUAUCAAGAUCUCAUAAUAAUUUGAGUUUUGAACAUGAUGAAUUUUUGAGUAACAACCUAAAGCGGGGAACUUCAGAAACAAGAUUUUAAUAUUUAAAUUACAAUUUACAAGACACCAUACAGUAUUUUUAAAAAUAUUUUGACGAGUGUUUCUUUUUCAACGAAAUUGGCACAAGCCUGUUUUUACCAAAUUCAGAUUGGCUUGUGUGAACAGAGAUCAUCAUCUCUGUAAUGCCAAGAGUUUCAUGUGUUAGUAACAUACAACUGCAAUACUGUAUGUUAUCACUACUCAAAUAUAUGUUCGUGCUACAGAUCCCAUAUUCUCCAAUCUGUUGCUCUUUUGUUUCUGUAUAAGCACAUGACCUUUCAUCACUAAAAGUCAAGAAACCUGCAUCAGAAUUGGAGCUCCCAUAAGCUUCUAGUUUGUUUUUUAAGUGAUUGCAACAUUCUAACAACGAUGCUUCCAGUCUAGGAUGGAAAGUGAGUAGCAGUAUCUACUGGAAUUGCCAAAUCCAAACACACAUUCUAGAUAGUUUCUUUUACAUAUGAUACAUAUUGGUAACUGCAAUCCUAGAAUGUCAUUGUGUUUACAUGUUGGGGAGGGAGGGUAGAAGAAAAUUGGGCAGAUUAAAACCAUUUUUGUGAACUCACUGUAAAUGGUCAAGUUGAAUACCAGUGUUGUGAAUUCUAGUUAACUAUGCUUUAUGUGAUAACUUUCUAUAUCCACUAUAAUUUAGUACUGCAAUUCAAGAAAAUCAUAUGUAGAAUAACCAUGGCUUAGAAAUUUGCAGAUUUUUCUGGGAUUAGUUAUCCAAAGUGCAUUAAUUGGCAACAGCUUUACAAAUAAAAUGACAAAAUUAACUAAAAAUAUGAACAUGAUGAAUAACAGGAUUUUAGAGUUAGAUGUACAGUAUGAUAUUGUGACAAAAAUCUAAAGAGAAUAAUUAAAUAUAUUAUAUAUAGUGUUUAUAGUAACCAAAUCUUAAAUAACAGGAUUGCUAUGUUUGAAAAAAUUGAAACAACAAACUACAAUUCAAUAUUUACACUAAUGUUAAUGUGAAAGCCCAAUUGGCUAAAUUAAACUUGUAUAUUUUGCAUAAUUAUAGCUUGAUGGCUCAGGGGAGGUUUAGCUGUGAUAAAUUGCAUAGAAAGCUUU